UACAGUGGGUGUGUUGUGUUUAGGAAGUUGCUCAAUCUCGGAAAAGACACAUAUUACUGCACUGUUUACAGUCCGUUUUCUACUCUUCUGCUUUUAUGGGUGCACUCAGUGGAGGUGAGGACAAUAAUCAACCAAAGCAGCCCUGUGGUUUGUAGUCUACAUCAUGUCGGUAUGACUGUCAGAUAAAGGCGAGUCAGUACGUUCACUUACAAUGAACAAUUCAGUAACUUCCUGUACUUACAUCCGCAACCUCAGCUAUAGUUUACGUCUCAAGGUGUCAGACUUUCUGGACCCUCAAAACAGGUGGAAAGAUGUUAUUAUUUCAAUACGGAAGCCGAGUGGGGAGUUUCGAUAUUCCCAGCUUCAUGUGAAGAGAUUUGAAGGCCUCAUACUUCAGGGUAAAAGUCCAACAAUGGAGCUGCUGGCUGACUGGGGAACCACCAACAGUACAGUGGGUGAACUUGUGGACAUCCUGAAGAGUAACAAGUUACUGGCUGCUGCUUGUCUGUUACUACCUGACACGGUUGACGACUCAGUCCCCAUAGUGACACAGCCGGCUUCUGGAUCUGUACAAACAUACAGCUCCCGUCCUACCAGAGUACUGGAAGAGAGAGAUCCACAGCCACCACCUGUCACCUCUGUGCUGCAAACACAGACUCUACUGGAGAACUCCGAUCCAGACCAACCAGGUUUGUCUAGUUUCUUGUACAAUGAGCUGAUGACCAUCACAGGUAACUUCGAUGAUCGCCCUAUAUCAGACGGCGGCAGCAGACUGGGAGAGGGAGGUUUUGGCACAGUAUACAAAGGUCUCCUGAAUGACAAGCCUGUAGCAGUUAAAAAACUCAAUCCAAUGGAGGACGUCUCCAUCGAUGAGCUGCGGGUUCAGUUCGAACAGGAGAUCCAAACUCUGAGAGCGUUGAAACAUGACAACUUAGUCGACAUGGUCGGAUUUUCCUGUGAUGGACAACACCCGUGUUUGGUGUAUGCCCUCAUGGCCAAUGGCUCUUUGCUAGAUCGACUAGCUUGCUUGGAUGAAAGCCCUCCACUGUCCUGGCUGCAGAGGUGCACAGUCGCUGAAGGGACAGCAAGAGGCUUGGAGUAUCUGCACAACAACCAUCAUGUCCACAGAGAUGUGAAAAGUGCAAAUAUCCUGUUGGAUGAAAAACUAGUGGCAAAGAUCUCCGACUUUGGGCUGACGAGAGCAUCCCCGAAGCGCACGUCGACAACCAUGAUGACGGAGAGGAUCGUGGGUACCCGUGCAUACAUGGCACCCGAGGCUCUGAGAGGCGAGAUCACGGCAAAAUCAGACGUCUUCAGCUUUGGAGUGGUGUUGUUGGAAAUAUUGUCUGGACUCCCGCCAGCCGCUGAAAACCGUGAGCCACAGUUCCUGAUGGAGAUAAGGUACGACAUAGACGAUGAAGACGAGGAUCUGACCUUGGAGGACUUCCUGGACAAAAAGAUGGGCGACUGGGAGCUGAGCCAGGCGGAGAGUAUGUACUCUUUGGCCUGUAACUGUCUCCUCGAGAGGAAAAACAGACGGCCCGUCAUCAAGCAGGUCCUGAUGGAGGUGAAAGGAGUGGUCAAAAACAUUUCACUGGAUCAUAAGGUCCAGAAGUGAAACAAGAGACGAGAAGACAAAAGAUUUCUGAGCCUGCUGAAGUAACAGUGCACCUGCUUCUCACCAGAGGAGAAUGAGAAAUCAAUGUUGCUUGUUUACCAUGACUGACAAAUACGUAUUUUUUUUCCAUGAAUAUUGUCUUUUAAAUGAUUCAGUAUAUUUUUUAUAAGAGCGUAUGUAUUCUUGUUUUGUCUUUUCAUGUCUUGCAGAGGUUGGAAACAAUCAUCCUCACCGGUUUGUGACGACAAAAGAAUAAAAUUCAUGACAACA